GUGUGACGCUCUGGAUCUCCAGGAAGUGGAGACCUCUGUAAACGCAAGGAAAAAAUGGACGAUAAUCUCCAACUCGGAGACAGUGGAGUUGUGAAAAAUGUUGCAAAGUUGGGUCGACGGGCUCGACAGGCUGCAGAGCAAACAUCCCUUGAGGAAUCUAGACACGUCAGGAAAUCCUCUUCUUCCACGUCAACGGGAGAGGAAGAGGGACCCCCUCCUAAACCAGCCCGCAGGCAGGGAGGCUGGGCAGAGGAGAGUUCUGGGUCUGGGUCUGCCAAGUCUGGAAGAAGACCGGCCAUAGUGGAAGACAUGGAAGAUCGACGUCUGCGACCGCAAACCCCCCAGGGCUGGGAUGAUGAAGGAGAUAUACCAGUGAUCCCAGACCUGGAGGAAGUACAGGAGGAAGAUCUAACCAUGCAGGUGGCAGCCCCCCCUAGCGUCCAGGUGAACCGGGUAAUGACUUACAGAGAUCUGGACAACGACCUUAUGAAGUACUCUGCCUUCCAGACCCUGGAUGGGGAGAUUGACUUGAAGCUCCUCACCAAGGUUUUAGCUCCAGAGCAGGAGGUUAGGGAGGAGGACGUUGCUUGGGACUGGGAUCAUCUGUUCACAGAGGUGUCCUCAGAGCUGCUGAUGGAAUGGGAUCAAGGAGAGAAAGAGGAGCAGGUUCCUCUGUCCGUCUCAUGAGCCCGAGCCUUGCCAGAAUGAGACGGCGGACCUGGGUGGGUGGUGCAUGUCCACGCUCCGUCCAUCAGAUGCACGUAGCCUGCCUCAUGUUGGGGUUCAUCUUGCAAAUUCUGUCUCUAAUUCCAUUGCAAAAUGUAUUUAUUUUUUGUAAUAAAGUUAAAAUAAAAUGU